AUGUUAGAUAAGAAAGCAGAUAAAGAACAUACACAUAACUCCUUCUCAACUGUUGCUAUAGAAAGUAUUGAAGGAACGGUUGGCGGAACUGGUGGGGAUGCAUUAUAUUAUAAACCUCCUAACUUUCCACAAGGUUUAACAUCGAAUGAAAACAUAACAACGAAGAAAGAAAUUAGCUGUAAAAAUGUUUAUGUCAUGGAUGAUGAAAAUAAUGUUAAAUUCACUGCUCAAGAUUUAUAUGAUAAGAAAGCAGACAAAACAGAGCUUCAAACAUUAAAGACUGAAAUACUUCAAACAUUAUAUCCUAUAGGCUCUAUUUAUACGUCAAUGAACUCAACAAAUCCAGCAAGUGUUUUAGGUUUUGGUACGUGGCAGCAGAUUGUAGACAAAUUCUUAUACUGUGCUAACUCUUCAAAGCAAACAGGAGGCUCAAAGAAAAUUAAAGAAGCAAACUUACCUGCGCACACUCAUACAGGAACUACAAACUUUUCUGGUGACCAUAGCCACUCAUUAAGAGACCACCCAUUAUACAACUCAGACUAUGAAGCUGGCAAUGACGUUUUAUCUCCAUCUUAUAACAAUUCAGCAAAAAAGACUUUUCGACCAACUGAACCAGGAGGAAAUCAUUCACACACUUUCACAACAAAUCCAACAGGAAGUGGUGCAGACUAUAUGCCUCCAUUUAUGACUGUAUUCGCAUGGUACCGUCUUGAAUAA